AUGCGGGUGAAACACGUCCAGUUUGCGAUCGACAGAUGCCUCGGUCGACGAUCCAUCAGCUGCAUUGCCACGGCGCCCCCGCGCUUCCCUCGGCCGGCGAUCAGCGCGCCCGGCUCGUGGCGCGAUCACAGAUGUCCGGGCUCUGACGCGAUCCUACAGCGGAGCGUCAGGAGCGUCGUCCCGCGCGCAGCUGCGAGCGACCCCCCAGCCACCCCUCCAGCACUGCCUCUCUGCGAGCGUGCGGCGACCGCGCAGUGCAAACUCGUCGACCUGGUCAAGCUGUACAGGACGUGUCAGGACACCAUCCAGGCGGUGGGGUCGAGUUGGGAGCAGGCGGACGAUGGGCCGGGGUUUGCCGAGCUCGCGCUGGAGCUCGAGUGGCUCUUCGAGGACGCCGUGGCCGAGGUCGUGGCGGACAACAGCACCUCCGAGCGCUUCCAGCGCAUCGCGCGCCUCGGACAGGGCUGGAAGGCCAUUCGGCAGGCGAUCGACGGCGUCGACGACGACAGCCUGCUUCCGAGCACCAAGCUGCGCCUGCGGAUGGGCAUCGACGAGAUCGCUGCGCUGUGGCGCCGGCGCGUGGAGACGCGCGAGCCCUUCCAGUACCUCACGUCCAGCGCCUUCUGGCGCGACGUCGUCCUCGCCGUCGGCCCCGGCGUCCUCAUCCCGCGCCCAGAAACCGAACUGAUGAUUGAUUACGCGACCGAGGCAGUAUCUGAGAACCCAGGGCUGACGUCGCUGCCCUGGGCGGACCUCGGCACGGGCAGUGGCGCCCUCGCCAUCGCGCUCGCCCGCCUCCUCGGCACCGGCAGCGUCGUCCACGCCGUCGACGUCAGCACCGCCGCGGUCGAGUACACGACGCUCAACGCCUCGCGCCUGCUGGGCCCGCGGACGGGGACGGUGUCCGCCGUGCAGGCUCCGUGGUUCGAGGGCCUGGCAGAGCUGCGCGGCCAGCUGGGGGGGGUGUUGAGCAACCCCCCCUACAUACCACGGAAGAACCUCGCGGGGCUGCAGGCCGAGGUGCGGGACUUCGAGCCGCGGCUGGCGCUGGACGGCGGGGACGGCGCCGGGAUGGACUCGCUCGAGGUGAUCUGUCGCGGCGCUGCGGAGUACUUGGCGCCUGGCGGGUUCCUUGCGCUGGAGACGGACGGGGACGCGCAGGCGGCGAUGGUGGCGGAGCUGCUCCGGGAGCUGCGGGACGACACCGGGGCGCCGGCGUUCGUGGCCGUGGAGAUCCGCCGGGACUACCGCGACGUCGGACGCUUCGUCACUGCCUCCAGAGCUUCCAAGCGGGCGUCGUGA